AUAACGAUGAGCAUUAAAUUUGUUGUUUAUUAUUUUUAAAUGUUAUUUAAAAAGUUCUGUGUUAGAAAAUUAAACUGUACUAUUAUUUCAUUUAUGAUUUAUAUACAUAUAUGAAAUAUUCAGAAAAUGUUAAAGUUUGGCUCAAAGCAUGACAGCAAUAUUGUUUAUAAGUGUACUGUUAGACUACUUGAAGAUACAGAAAUAUUGGAGUGCGAGUAUAAGCCACAACAUAAAGGCAAAUAUUUAUUAGAAUAUGUUUGUCAGCAAUUAAACCUUGUGGAACAAGACUAUUUAGGCCUUCGAUAUGUGGAUAAUCAGGAUCAAAGACACUGGUUGGAUUUGGGAAAAUCUAUUUGCAAACAGGUGAAGGAUCUUGACCCAGUUUUGUUUAGCUUUAGGGUGAAAUUUUAUCCACCUGACCCCUUUAGACUUAAGGAAGAAAUAACCCGUUAUCAAGUAUUUUUGCAACUUAAAAGAGAUUUAUUACACGGCAGACUGUAUUGUGGUACAAAUGAAGCUGCAAUGCUGGCAGCACUGAUAGUACAAGGCGAACUCGGUGAUUAUGAUCCAGAAAUACACGUAGGAAAUUAUAUAUCUAACAUGAAAAUGCUAUUAAAACAAACUGAAGCAAUAGAAGAUAAGGCUAUGGACAUCCAUCAGAAACAGCUUAAGGGUCAGAGCCAGAGUCAAGUGGAAACCUCAUUUUUAAAACUGGCAUGUCAACUCGAUACCUAUGGAGUCGAUCCACACCCUGUAAAGGGAUUGUUGCAGGAUCAAAAAGGAAACCAGCUCUACUUGGGGAUAAACUACAGUGGAAUUCUAACGUUUCAAGGUAGUAGGAAAACCCAUCAUUUUAGGUGGCCAGAUAUACAAAAAAUUAAUUACGAGGGCAAAAUGUUCAUAAUACAUCUAAAUUACAAUGAUAAGAAGCACACUGUAGGUUUUAAAUGCUCCUCAGGACAGGCUUGCAGGCAUGUGUGGAGAUGUGCAGUGGAACAAAUGCUGUUUUUUACUUUGCCAACUAGCUCUGGUGCCCCGACUGUGGUAACAGGAGGAGGUUUCUUUUCUUGGGGUACUAAAUUCAUAUACACUGGUAGAACUGAAAAAGAGAUUUUAGAAGAUAGUAAUUCCCCAUCUAGAGAGGAACCAAACAUUCAGCGCUCUUCUAGUAUUAGGCGAAAAGCGUCUAGCGUACCUGCAACUCCAUCUACUCCUUUACAACCUCAUUUAGGAUAUUGCAGUUUGCCACGGUCGAGCCAUUCAGACGUGGGUGGUUCAAGAAUGGAAACGAGCAAUAGCAUCGGUUUGCUUUCUGGAUUAGAUAACAAUCCAUCACAGAUAUACAGCGAUGUGGCCGCCUUAGAAACCGUUACCGAAGACCAGGAAGCUUUGGGUGCUACGAAAUUGCGCACCACAGUGUUGAAGGAGGAUUCCGUAGAUAGGUUUAGUGAUUAUUACUUUCGCGAUUCGUUCGAACAUUCCUCAUCCGAAUCUCAGUUGGUCGACAAUUAUCGCGGAUACGAGACGACAAAUCCAUCGCACCGUUCGAGCCGAAGUCAAACGCCGCUGUCUCAUUCUCAGGUAGAUGGUAAGGUGUACGCGCCGAACGCGGCUCAGCCCGCAUCGUCGGUAAAGAAAAAUAAAAAAUUCAACAUCUUAAGCGCCUUUAUUCCGUCGUUGGUAAUCGUUAUGAUUUUGGCGGUCGUGUCUACCGUUGUGGUUCUCGAAUGUGACUGGGAAUUUUUUAAUAGUCUUAAGAACAUCCCCGAAAUGGUUUCGUUGAAGUACCAGGUUUACGAGCCCAUCAAGCAAUACUGGAAAAAUAAAAUGGGUGUCUUAUUUUGAGCCAAAAUUUCGCUUGUUCGAAUGCUCCGCGAAUUCAUUCAUUUCGAUUCGUUUUAGCCAAAGCUUUGAAUUUGUUUUAGAAUUAAAACUCGUGUUAUUUCAUUUUCAUUUGGUAAGUCGAGAAUUUGAUUCAAACUAACAAAUUGUUCCAAAAUAUUGCUUCUACAAAUUAAUGUUCCACAAUAGAGCGUUUAAAAUUUUUGAAAUUUAAACCGAAACUAUUCCAGCCUAUACAUAAAUUUGUAAAUACAUAAAACAAAUCACUAAAAUACGCUUAGCUUUAAAAUAAUGAAAUUUAUAGCAUGAAUCUGGGGGAUAAGUAGGUAUAUUUUUCGAAAUUAUUAUAGUGGAUAUCUUCUUAUGUCGCUGAUUCAAACUGAAACUUGUCGUUUCUGAAAGCAUUCCAUUUACAGAUAAUAUUAAUCUGCACCAUAAUUUAUUUUUGUAGAGACCUACAUACAAAGUAUAUUGAAUGUUAGUGCCUGUUACAUAUGUGUUGUUUUUUUUAAUUUUAUUAUUUGUUUUAUUAAUUUUUUUUACGAAUUUUGAAUCAUC